AUCAAGAACUGUAGAGGUUUUGCCUAAGUAUAACAAAGAAGAAAAUGAAGAUAACAUGAAAAUAAUCACCCCUGUUUUCAUUUUGUGUCUUCGAGACUUUUAUCUCCAACUGACUGAUAAAGAUGGUAAAGAGAUAACUCCGGAUAAAUACUUUGAGAAUUGUUUGUCCAUGUCAGACGGCGAAAGCAAAGAGAAAAUUGACGAAACGAGGGACUGUAUCAAAAAAUACUUUCCAAGAAGAAAAUGUUUCACGCUCACACACCCAGCUACGGGCAAAAAGCUUGCUAAAAUUGAGGGUUUUGGGGAUGAUCAACUCAACGUCGACUUUGUAAGAGAGUGUAUCAGUCUGCAGGAAUAUGUGUAUUCAUGUGAACAUAAAGUUACGGAUGGAGUGUCAAAGGCUCCAGUUAAAGGUUAUGACUUUGAAUCUUUUACGCGGACAUACGUAGAGGCACUGCAAACCGGAUCAGUACUGUCAUACGAGAAGGCUUAUGAGAAGGUGUCUAAGCGUCACAACAACAAGCUAGUUGCCACACUCGUUCAUGAAUUUGAGACUGAACUCAAGAAAAUGGAUACACCUGUGAAGCGUAAAACGGACAUAGAACGAAAAACAUUUGAGAUACUUAACAAAAAGCUCAAACAGUUAAGGAAUGAGAGUUAUCCGUACAAAAAUAAUAUACAUGAAGUUUUAGCAAUGGAAAAAAUGAAAGCAAUUGCUGAUAAAUUUCGUGACCAAAACAGUUUACUCGUUCAACACAACUUACAAAAAACUCUUAAAACGCUUUACGAUGACUUGAUUGAACAAAAUGAGGUUUUGAUCGAUUCAAAGGAAGGUGCGAUGUUUUACAAUCUGAUGAUUAGCGAUCGUAUGAAAAGCUUGUUCCACAGCAAAAUGCAACCCUAUGAUGAAGAUGAGGUAUACCAAAACUUUUUCCCCUCAGCAGAUGAUCAUAUUAAUUUUAUAUACAUAUUUCAAAAGACAUCUUUCUUAUAAACUGUCUCGCAGAUGAUCAUAUUCAUUUUUUAUAUACAUACUUCAAAAAAGCAUCUUUCUUAUAAACUGUUAUUUGCACCAGGUCACGUUACAUAAAUUAAGCCAAUAUAUUUAUAAGCAAUCAUUUGGAAUUCUAAAAAAAAUGUUUAUAAAUUACUUAUUACAGCGGUUAAAAGCAAUACUCAAUUUCGAAGAGAGUAUCGCUGA